AUGGUGCAACUCACACAACUCGUUUUGGCAUCCGCCGCCUUCGCUGGUGCUGUAUCUGCAGCUCCCAAGCCACCUACACCUCCAUCCGUCAACCCUUGGACUGGUAAAGAUCGCUAUGUCGUCCAGAGCUACGGCAAGAAACUCGACCAGACCAUCGCCUCCUUCACGGCCCAGAACGACACCCUCAAUGCGGCGCGCACCCGCACAGUUGCUCAGAAGAUCUCAACCUUCACGUGGGUUACUACACGUGAUGGCCUUAGCCUCAUUCCUACUGCCAUCAAGGAAGCUCGUCAACAAAGGAAGCCCGGAAAGAAGAUGAUCGUUGGUCUGGUCUUGUACAAUUUGCCCGACCGUGAUUGCUCCGCAGGAGAAUCCGCUGGCGAGCUCAGUCUAGCGAACAACGGCCUCGAGAUCUACAAGAAGGAGUUUGUCGACAAGUAUGCCAAGCUUGUUUCCCAGGCCAAAGAUCUCGACUUCGCCAUCGUUCUCGAACCGGACUCCCUUGGUAAUGCCAUUACGAACCAGGGCGUCCCUUUCUGUGCCACCGCUACUCCCGCCUACGAAGAGGGUAUCGCGUACGCCAUUGCCAAGCUGCAGUUCCCCAACGUACAUCUGUACAUGGAUGCUGCGCACGGAGGCUGGCUCGGCUGGGCGGACAACCUGAAGCCCACCGCUCAGAUCUUUGCCAGGGUCGUCGCUAUGGCAAAGAAACUCAACCCCGCCGCCAAGAUCCGGGGUUACUCCACCAACGUUUCCAACUACAACCCCUUCGAAGCUAAAGUACGCGAGAACUACACCGAGUACUCGCCAUCUUGGGACGAGAGCCACUACGCCACCUCGCUCGCUACUUACCUCGAGGCUGAGGGUCUACCAUCCAACUUCAUCAUUGACCAGGGUCGCGUCGCCCUUCCUGGAGCUCGUGCGGAGUGGGGUGAGUGGUGCAAUGUUGAGCCUGCUGGAUUUGGCGCUCUACCCGGUUCGAAGCAGAACAACACCAACGUCGACUCUCUAGUCUGGAUCAAGCCUGGUGGCGAGAGUGAUGGAGCAUGUGGUCUUGCUGGUGCGCCCGCUGCUGGUGCUUGGUUCGAUGAAUAUGUGCAGAUGUUGGUGAAGAAUGCUGAUCCACCACUCGAGCCGACCUACCUGAAGAAGCCUAAGAUCUAG